AUGUCCUCCGAUGACGCCUACAUGUCCUUCCUGGACAAAGCCAACACAGAUCUGAACGCCGGUCGCGCCACGCAGCAAGGGACCGACACCACGCGUACCGAGACUGUCGAUGCCUCGACCCAGAUCCCGACUCCUCUCCAGUCCGUCGACAGCUACUACAUCUCCGAUACAGACGAGCCAUUCGAGCCCGUUGCACUACUCUGGAAGGGUGCUAGGCAAGGCGUCUGGCCUAGCUCAGAUCAAUUCUCCGGCCUGAUCUCCCCGAAUGCCGACCUCAGCCAGGCAAUCUCGACUCUGACGCCCUCGUCAUUCGACCCUAAGAGCCAAUAUUCAUCUGCCUUGCGCGCUGUACGCUCUGCGGCUGUAGAGCGUGAUGAGAAUGCCGACCAGUCUGCGGUCGAGGUGAAGGUGUAUCGGGUUGAGCUGAGCAGCACCAAGCUUGAGUAUUGGGUGUUGGCGCUGGAUGUUCCUGAGGGUCGUGUUGUCGGACUACGGGCCAAGGCUGUUGAGUCCUAA